AAAUGUUUUAACGUCCUUUGGAGAAAACAAUCAACGAAAAAACACAAAACUUGGGAAGGCGAUGGGUUCUUAAUAAUCAAAAAUAAUAGGUUGAUUUUUAAAUCCUUUCUCGAAAAUUCAAAUACCUCAAAAUUACAAAAUUCCGCUACCACUUCUUCAAAUAAAUUUAAACUUGAUGAUGUUAUUAAAAUUGGAAAUUUUGAAGUCGAAAUAGAUAACGAAAUUAAAGACUUGAAUCAAAUAAACAACCUAAUCUCAACAGGAAAUCAUCCCCAAUUAUCAAACUCAUCUUCCACAACCUCUUAUUCUGUACAUCCAAUUUCAGCAGAACCACUGACAAAACCUUUUUUAAAAUCCACUUUCACUGCUGAAUUGACCUCCUCUCAAAUAACUAAACUUUCUUCAAAACCACUCCCAACCAUUAAUAACGCCUUUAAACCAGUAUUUAAUGUAAAAAAUGCUGCUCUAACCAUCUCCAAAAAUGAUACAACUCCAUUGUUUGAUCCCAAUUCCAAAAAUGCUUUAGUUAUGAACCAUCCUCCUUUAAUAAUUCUCCAAAAUUUAAAAACAAAUCCAAAUUCUAUUAUUGAUGUAGUGGUAGAUCCAAUCUUAUCAAGAUUUUUAAGACCACACCAAAGAGAUGGCGUGAAGUUUCUCUAUGAGUGUGUCAUGGGUUUUAGAGACUUUAAAGGAAAUGGUGCUUUAUUAGCUGACGAAAUGGGUCUUGGAAAGACCUUAAUGACAAUUUCUUUAAUCUGGACUUUAUUAAGACAAUCCCCCUUCUCAAAAUUUAACCCAAUAAUCAAAAAAAUCCUAAUAGUUUGCCCCGUCACUUUAAUCGGAAAUUGGAAAAAGGAAUUUAAAAAAUGGUUAAAUAUGAGCAGAAUUUCAAUUCUAACUCUAAACAAUACUACAAAUAUUUCAAAGGAUAAAAAUGAUAUUAAAUUGUUUGCUAAAACUAGAGUCUAUCAAGUCCUAAUCCUAGGUUAUGAAAAACUAUUAUCCAUCAAAUCCCAGCUAUUAGAAAAUAACUCCUUUGAUUUAUUAGUAUGCGAUGAAGGUCAUCGCUUGAAAAAUAUUUCAAAUAAAUCUCUACAAAUCUUAAAAUCUUUAAAAAUCUCCAAAAAAAUUAUCUUGACUGGAACUCCAAUUCAAAAUGAUCUUGAAGAAUAUUUCACUAUUGUCGAUUUUAUCAAUCCAAGUAUUUUUGGUUCAUUUAUCGAUUUCAAAAAAAAUUACAUGAAACCAAUCUUACGAUCAAGAGAUCUCAAUUGUAAAGAUAAAAAAAAAAUUAAACUGGGUGAAGAUGCUUCAAAUGAGCUAAUUAAAAUCUCAAAAUUAUUUACUUUAAGAAGAACAAACUCAAUUUUAACUAAUUUCUUGCCUCCAAGAACCGAUAUUAUUUUAUUCAUCAAACCAACCAGUUUACAAAUUAAAUUAUUUAAUAUGAUUAUAAAAUCAAAAAAAUUCAUUGAUAUGAUUAAUCUCGAUGAUAUCAAUUACAAACCUAAUAAAAAUCAAGCUAAAUCCUUAGCACUAAUUACCUUAUUUAAAAAAAUUUGCAACUCACCUUCCUUAGUCGUAAAUGAUAAAUUAUUUCUCCAGCUUUGCUCAGAAAAACUUACUGACGAAAUUAUUUCAUCUAUAAGUAAAUUAGUUUAUAGAAGUGGUAAAAUUAUUGUUUUGUCACAAUUAUUAAAAAAAUUAUUUUAUGAAACUAAUGAAAAAUUAGUUUUGGUUUCUAAUUACACGCAAACAUUAGAUGUUUUAGAAAAACUAUUAAAUUCCUAUAAUAUGAAUUUUUUAAGAUUAGAUGGUUCAACUCCUAAGAAUAAGAGAGACAAAAUAGUUAAUGAUUUUAAUACUUCCUCUCAAAAAAGUUGUUUUACUUUUUUAUUGUCGUCAAAAUCCGGUGGCUGUGGCUUGAAUUUAAUUGGGGCUUCAAGAUUGAUUUUAUUUGAUAGUGAUUGGAACCCAUCUAUCGAUUUACAAGCAAUGGCUAGGAUCCAUAGAGAUCAUCAAGAAAAACCUGUUUUCAUAUAUAGAUUUCUUACAACUGGUUGUAUUGACGAAAAAAUAUUCCAAAGACAAUUGAUGAAAAUCAAUUUGAGUGACAAAUUUCUUGAUCAUAGCAGUGAUUCUAAGGAUGACUUGUUUGACAUGAUUGAUUUGAAAGACUUAUUCUCCUUAGAUUUGGAGACCAGCUGUAAUACGCACGAUUUGAUAGAAUGUGACUGUAAUCAAAUGGGAGAAAAACCUGAAACAAAUUUAGGGGCAGACAAGGCAGAAAAGCAAGACAAGACCGAACAUGAAACAAAUGAUAGUGAAAAUGACAGCGAUAAUGAUGGCGAUGAUGAGAAUGAGCAAAAUGGGUGGGUUUCUGCUUUGCAGGUAAGAGAAUCGCAAGAAAACGAAAGCGAGGCACGGGCUAAAAAUAGAGGAUUGAAGUUCAAAGGUUCUUUAGAAAAUUACUAUCAUAUUAAUCCGGCCCGAAUGAUACGUUGUAAUGACUCCGUAACCGAAGAAGUUAUUUCUUCAUCU